UGUGAUCCAGUUCUAAAUGUGUGUGAUUUUGACCAAUGAGCGUGAUUGUGUUUUAAUUGACCCGAGGUCAAGUCAGAUUUUUUUUUUGUGGGAGGACACUGAUAAAAAUCUACACUUACAGUAAUGAUGAACACACCCUGGCGAGGUCUGACCUAAGUUUCAUAGGACAUAUCAUACUAAAGUCUUUUCAUCACCAUGGGAGAUUGGGGCUUCCUCUCCAAGCUGCUAGACAAAGUGCAGUCUCACUCCACCAACAUCGGGAAGGUGUGGCUGACGGUGUUGCUGAUCUUCAGAAUAAUGGUUCUCGGUGCCGGUUUGGAUAAAGUCUGGGGAGAUGAACAGUCCAGCAUGGUCUGCAACAUCAAAACGCCUGGUUGCUUAAACGCAUGCUAUGAUAAAGCCUUCCCCAUUUCCCACAUGCGAUUCUGGGUUCUCCAAAUCAUUUUCGUUACCACGCCAACUCUGGUUUACCUCGGCUACGUUUUGCACAUCAUCCACAAGGAAAACAAACUACGGCAGCGUUUGCAAAACCAGGCUGAUAAAGAAGGAAUCAAACGUCCGAAAUACACUGCCGACAAUGGGAAGGUUUACUACAAAGGAAGCCUGCUCGGUUGUUAUAUGCUGGGUCUUAUUGUGACCAUUUUGUUGGAAGCAGGUUUCAUUGUGGGCCAAUAUUUUUUAAUCGGCCUUUGGAUGCCCAAACAUCUUGACUGUAAUAAGGCACCUUGCCCUGAUAUUGGUUUACAUUGCUAUACAUCACGACCAACAGAAAAGACCAUCUUUAUUAUCUUCAUGCUUAUUAUGUCAUGUGUAUCUUUACUUUUAAAUAUUGGAGAGAUAUUCUAUCUGAUAGGUCACAGUGCCAAGUACAGAAAGAGCCCACAUCCAAUGGCCGAAAUACAUGAAAUAACCUCCACUGAGAUUUCCUGCUAAAAAAAAUCAUAAUCUGUCGUUGACAGAUCAAGCUAUCAUCAUUACACGGUAAUGCAAUCUUGAUUAAACACUUAACACAUAAUGAUUUUAAGAAUGCAAAUAUGUAUCGGAUCAAAAACAAAGACAGAAAUUAACUACAUAGCAUUGUUUGUCAUUUGGCUUUUGUUUGUUUGUUGUAUGCGUCCAACAUAAAUGGGAAAUUUGUGUAUCUAAAUGUGUAAAUAUCUUGUAUGUACCUUUAGGUAUAUGACUUUAAGUAGUACUUAUACAAAUGAUUAACAUUUGGCAUUUCACAUUUUAUCUGAUGUUAAUUCAAAUGUAUUCAAAUAGGCCCACUUUCUUGUCAUUGAAACCCAUAACCCUUGUACUGCUAAUGUGCUGAACUUGAGAAUAUCAUAGGGGUAAAUAUAAAUGAAAAAGAAAACAAAGAGGGCUGUGGUGCAAAAUAAAUCGAUGCUCUAUUAAAGGACUUGUCAAAGGUUAAA